AUGGUAAAUGAAGCUGCCUCGGGCGCUGGCGACUUGGAGCGUCCGAUCCCUCUGCCCAAAGUUCGUGCCCAGGGAGAAACAGAAGUAUUAAAAGUUAUUCGAACAGGAAAGAGAAAGAAGAAGGCAUGGAAGAGGAUGGUUACUAAAGUCUGCUUUGUUGGAGAUGGCUUUACAAGAAAACCACCUAAAUAUGAAAGAUUCAUCAGGCCAAUGGGCUUGCGUUUCAAGAAGGCCCAUGUUACACAUCCUGAACUGAAAGCCACCUUUUGCCUGCCAAUACUUGGUGUAAAGAAGAAUCCCUCAUCUCCAUUAUAUACAACUUUGGGUGUUAUUACCAAAGGGACUGUCAUUGAGGUCAAUGUGAGCGAGCUGGGCCUUGUGACACAAGGGGGCAAGGUUAUUUGGGGGAAAUAUGCCCAGGUUACCAACAAUCCUGAAAAUGAUGGAUGCAUAAAUGCAGUCUUACUGGUUUGAUAACCAUUUCACACAAGUAACUUACACAACAAUUGAGAAAACCAGCAUUACUGUGAUGUUUCAGAAUGCUACCAAACAGCCUUACAUGUCUGCAGUCAUUAAGAGAACUAUUUAUUAAAUUGUACAAAACAUUAAAGUGGUCCAGUUUUA